AUGAAGUUUCUCUUGCUCAGCCUGGCCGCUAUCGUCGCCGCUCUCCCCGCAGACAAGAAUGUCGUGCCUGGCAAAUUCGUCGUAGCGCUCAAGCCUACUGACGAUCUUGACCUCCACGCUCGAUGGGUCUCCGACGUCAACAGAGAAGCUUUGACCCGUCGCGGUGUUGAGUCUGCUGGAAUUGACAAGACCUUCAGUUUCCCCGGUUUCAAGGGUUACUCGGGUUCAUUUGAUGAGGAGACUAUUAAGAUCAUCAAGGCCAAUUCCACCGUUAUGCGCGUGGAACCUGAGCAAGAAUACACUGUGACUGCACAAGUCACUCAACAAAGCCCACCAUGGGGCCUUUCGGCUAUUUCCAACGCCAAACCCCCAUCUUCAAGCGCCUCUUAUACUUACGACUCGACGGCGGGUGAAGGAGUUUUCGCUUAUGUGCUGGACAGCGGUAUCUACCUUGAGCACGAAGAAUUCCAAGGUCGCGCAAUUUUUGGGGCAGAUACGUCAGGCGUUGCCAGUCAGAAGCAGCACGGCACUCUGGUCGCCGCCAUCGUCAAUGGCGCCACAUAUGGGGUUGCUAAAAAGGCCACUGUUGUCGAUGUCCAGGUCUUGGGCGACGACACAGGUACCACCAGCGGUGUUCUUGCCGGUGUGGCCUGGACUGUCAAUGACGUUGUGGCUAAGAAGCGUGCUGGCAAGGCUGUCAUUAACAUGAGCCUGUCGGGAUCUUCCUCGGAUAUUAUGAACGAUGCAGUGCAGAAGGCCAUUGACGCUGGUGUUCCCGUCAUUGCAGCCGCAGGAAACAUGAAUCAGGAUGCAGCAGAUGGAAGUCCAGCAAAUAACCCCAACGUCAUCACCGUGGCUGCUAGCAACAAGAACUACCAGCGAUGGCAGCAUUCCAACUGGGGUCCUGCUUGCGAUAUCUUCGCACCGGGUCAGGAGAUUUUGUCUGCCUGGCCUACUUCUCCUACCGGGUCACGAACUGCGGAUGGCACAUCGGAGGCUGCUCCUCAUGUUGCGGGUGUCAUCGCUUAUUUGCUUGCUCUGGAGGGGCCGCGUACGCCUGCUGAGAUAUGGGCAAGAGUUAAGGAGUUGGCCAUCAAGGAUAAGAUUACGGAUACCAAGGGUGUUCCCAACCUUUUUCUGUACAACGGAAUUGGCAAGUGA